ACAAAAGCAGCGUUCCAAAUACCCGAAAGACACGAAAGGUCCCGUAUGUCUGACAAUCAGCACUUGAGGCAACGGUAAACGGCCAUUGUAUAUAUAGUGCAUAACUAACUAUACUUUAUUUGCUUACUUUUUGUAGUCUUGCACUUCAGACGUUCUUGAACGAAACAAAUAGUUGAGAUGAUGAAGUUGAUCUUGGUAGUUUUGUUAUCUUGGAUAGCUUACGUCACCUGCCAAUAUGAUCUUUCACACCAUCACGAUCAUGGUGGUCAUGACUACCUUGAGUCAGAACAUGGCGAAAAAGGCCAUGGUCACCUUCAAGCCUAUGAAGUGACUGAUGAUCAAGCUCACAAAAAGCACGGCCACCAUGAGGUUGCAGCCCACAAGGCUUAUGGAGACAAAGUUGCUCACCACGACAGCCACCACAAGGAUCAUGACAAGGGAUAUUAUGAAAGAAAUAAGGGGAAAGGAUACGUAAAAGCUUACGAAUAUGACCACAUAAAAACUCACCAUGACAAAGGUUCUUCUCAUGAUGCUCACGAUUACCACCAUGAUCAUUACGGUAAGGAAGGCAGUCACAAGCACGCCGAUUAUCUCGAUGAAGGUCAUGAUAAAUACGCAAAGAAAAGUUAUGAUUCUGGUCAUGGAUAUGAUAAAUACGGUAAAAGCCUGGGCAAGCACGGAGGAUAUCAUCAUAGCUACGACAGCAGAGGACAUCAUGUUCCACUGCCCAUUUUGUCUCAUCACAGCUACAAGCCAGGGGUCAAAGUAGUAUAUUCUCCAGUCUAUGCUGGACCAGAACAUCUUAGUUACAGUCAUUAAAAAACUCUAAAAGACGGUACAAACUGUUUGCCAACAACAGUCAUUUCGAUGACGUAGCAUUGUAGAUACAAGUUAACUUUGUCAUGGAGUGGAAACAACAGUUUACAUCAGCUGUAAUAUUUAUAGUGGAUGUAAAUUAAGUCCUAGAUUGUUCAGAUUUAAAUCAUUUUUGACUUUGUAAAUAAAGAGUAUAUUUUGUUACA